UUCAAUCUGGGUAACACAUUUUAAAAAGGGUUUAUCAGAAGUUUGAAGUUGGAAAAGCAAACAUGGCUGGAGGAAGUGAAGGAAGGUCUUUGGAGGAAACACCAACAUGGGCUGUUGCUGUAGUUUGUUUUGUUUUGGUUCUGAUUUCAAUAAUCAUUGAACAUAUAAUCCAUCUGAUAGGAAAGUGGUUAAAGAAGAAACAUAAACGAGCACUUUAUGAAGCACUUGAAAAGAUUAAGUCAGAGCUUAUGUUGCUGGGAUUUAUAUCCUUGCUCCUAACAGUAGGACAAGGUUUAAUAUCAAAUAUAUGCAUAUCAGAGAAAGUUGGAAAUACUUGGCAUCCAUGUAAUAAGAAACAAGAGAAAACUAAUGGAGUUGAUCAAGAUAGCAGGCAUCGCCGCAGACUUCUGACAAUAUCGGAUACCGGUAGAGUUUUCCGGCGUUCAUUAGCCGGAGCCUCAGAUGACAGAUGUGCAGCUCAGGGUAAAGUGCCAUUUGUUUCUUCGAAUGGUAUCCACCAACUCCACAUUUUCAUUUUCGUGCUAGCUGUUUUUCAUGUCCUUUACUGUAUUCUUACAAUGGCAUUGGGCAGAGCCAAGAUGAGAAGUUGGAAGAAAUGGGAAAAGGAAAGUAGAACUAGCGAAUACCAGUUCUCACACGAUCCGGAACGAUUCAGAUUUGCAAGGGAAACAUCCUUUGGAAGAAGGCAUUUGCGAUUUUGGACCAAAACCCCAGUUCUUAUGUGGACUGUUUGUUUCUUUAGACAAUUUGUUAGGUCAGUCCCUAAAGUUGAUUACGUGACCCUCCGACAUGGAUUUAUCAUGGCACAUUUGGCACCCCAAAGCCAAACCAUGUUUGAUUUCCAAAAAUACAUAAAUAGAUCAUUGGAAGAAGAUUUCAAAGUUGUUGUAGGAAUCAGUCCUCCAAUAUGGUUUUCUGCUGUACUCUUCCUACUCUUUAACACACAUGGAUGGUAUUCGUAUCUGUGGCUGCCAUUUAUCCCUUUGAUUAUCAUCCUGCUAGUGGGAACAAAGCUGCAGGUGAUCAUAACCAAAAUGGGGAUAAGAAUUCAGGAGAGAGGAGAGGUGGUGAGAGGAGUGCCUGUCGUUCAGCCUGGUGAUGACCUUUUCUGGUUCAACCGCCCCCGAUUCAUUCUCUUUCUUAUCAACUUCGUUCUUUUCCAGAAUGCUUUCCAGCUUGCAUUCUUUGCAUGGACUUGGUAUGAUUUUGGACUAAAAUCUUGCUUCCAUAAGCAUGUGGAAGAUAUAGUCAUCAGAAUUACAAUGGGGGUCCUCGUUCAAAUUCUUUGCAGCUACGUCACUCUUCCUCUUUACGCCCUUGUUACACAGAUGGGUUCGAACAUGAAACCAACCAUUUUCAACGAAAGGGUAGCCACAGCUCUAAGGAAUUGGCACCACAUGGCUAAGAAACACCUCAAACAAAACAAGGGCACUUUCUCUAGCAGACCAAACACCCCAUCACAUCACACGUCCCCGGUUCAACUCUUGAGAAGCCACCGGAGCAGCGAAAUGGACAGCCUCCAGAGGAGAUCGAAUUUUGAUAUCGAGCAAUCGGACACGGAUUGUCCGUCCCUUUCCCACCCAAAUUAUGGUGAUGGUUCAUCGUCUAACCACCGUAAUAUGAUUGAACAAAUUGAUGAAGUUGACUAUGAUAAAGACUUAAACGAACCGAAUUCAAGUAAACAAUGCAAACGAACGCAACACGAGAUCAACAUCGAUCGAAAAGAAUUCUCAAUUGAUAGAAGAGCAAGUAUAUAAACAUACAUUUGGGAUUUAAAUUAGAUGGUAACGUAUUAUAUACCAUGUUCAGAGUCGCACUCCUAGCUCAUCCCGUGUUGCGUUGAGUUUGGCAUGAGGAUGAUCAAAAUCAAAAUCUUGUUUUUGAUACAAAGGAUAAAAUUAAGAUGCAUUUGAAUACUCGAUUUAGUAUUUCAAUGUUAAGUACAUAUAUUCUUAGUUCAAAGAAUAAGUUUAAAUCUUUUUCUGAAGAAAAUUUAAAAAAAAGAAAAGAAAUAUAACUUGAA